GCUAUGACAUUCUGAAAGAGCUGGGGAGUGGCUCCUUCGGCGUCGUCCACUUGGUGCGGGAGCGGGCUACAGGUCUUGAACGAGUCAUCAAGAUCGUGACAACGAAGAACCUAGCGCCACGACUCUUGGACAACAUGCGCCGUGAGAUCCAGGUGCUUCAGGAUCUCGAUCAUCCGAACAUCGUGCGGCUCUUCGAAUUCGGUGAGGACACUAAGAAUCAGAAGAUCUAUCUUCUCAUGGAGAAGCUGUCGGGGGGCGACCUCGACGACCUCUUGGAAAGGAGUGGCUGUUUGGGUGAGCAUUUGGUCUCCCGCAUCGUUCGCCAGGUGUUGUCUGGCGCAGCCUUUUGCCACGAGCGCGGCAUUCUUCACCGCGAUUUGAAGCCCGGCAACAUCAUGUUGGUGUGCGCGGAUUUGCACGAGCAGAGCUUAGCCUGGCUCACCGGCUGCUGCUUGAGUCCCGAGCUGAAAGAAGGCAGCUACAACUGCAAAAUCAUCGACUUCGGGUUAUCUGCGACCUUUGAUCCAACCGACCCCAGUGGCGGCAUCACAGAUGCGGCUGGUUCAGAAUAG